AAAAAAAAAAGAAAAAAAAAAGAAAAAAAAAAUAUUUAUUAAAACAAAAAAAAAACAAAUAAUCGUCUUGUUCUGUUCUAUUUUAACUUUUCAUUUUUAAUAAGAAAAUGGCGAAAAAUUUACUAGCAAUAUGUCUGGUGGUUAUGGUUGCAUCAAGUGUGGUGUAUGAAGUGCAAGGAACUUUCUUAUUAAAGUUAUACGUGAGGAGGAUGAUUCCCAGACGUUGUAUGGACUUUGCGCCUUUUGCUGGCAAGGGUAUGUUGAUGCUCUUGAGCAACCUUCAAGAUGGAUGUCCCGCAACUAGAGAGUUCAAGGAAUUCUUUUCAAGGUUCAAGUCUUACAUAAGCUUUAUCAUCUCGGCAUCGUCCUCAACGAAAAACAUUGAUACGGAGAUAGAUGGGAGAUGUGAAUUACUUGCCAAGGCUAUGUCUGCAUUGAGUGGUAGUACAAGCAGUAAAACAUCGUCGGAUUUAAAAAUCACCAUGCUGUCAAUGGGAAAGACUCUGGUUGAGCAGAAGAGGCAAGGUUCAACGAUAAUGUCAUUUCAACAAAAGAAAGAAUUGGUUAAGGCUUUUGUGGAUUGGACUCGACUUGUUAUUAUAUUCGUAAAGAGUGUCGCGGAGCAGAAAGGAAAGUCGAUUGAUGAAUCAUCUUAUGGUCUUGAUGUCGAUAUUAAUUCCAGCAUUGGAAGUGGAAGCGAUAGUGAUGAUGAUUCAUCCGAUAGUGAGGGUUUCUCACCUCAAGGUGGAACUCCCACAACUCCCACUCCCAGCACCGAAACUGGAUCCUCACCUCAAGGUGAAACUCCCACUCCAACCACUCCCACUCCCACAACUCCCACUCCCAGCACUCCCACUCCCACAACUCCCACUCCCAGCACUCCCACUCCCAGCACUCCCACUCCCACUCCCAGCACUCCCACUCCCACUACUCCCACUCCCACUCCCAGCACCGAAACUGGAUCCUCUCCUCAAGGUGAAACUCCCGCUCCAACCACUCCCACUCCCACUCCCACAACUCCCACUCCCACCACUCUCACUCCCAACACUCCCACUCCCACUCCCGCUACUCCCACUUCCACCACUCCCACUCCCACCACUCCUACUCCUUCAACUUCAGACAGUCCGAGUGGAAAAACCUCUGAAAAAGAAAGCGAGAGUUCUAGCGGAGGUGCUUCAACGAAGAAAGAAUCCAACAGUCAAAGUACUGGUAGUUCUGGUAACACAGACAAAGACACUACAACUUCGGGCAGUCCAAGUGGAACUCCCACUGGCACCCCUUCUGGUUCGACUCCUACAGAUAGUGAAACCUCUGCUCAAGGAAGUGCUACUUCUCAAAAGAAAGAAUCCAACAGUGGAGGUGAUUCUUCUCAAACGAAUGAAGAAUCCAACACCGGAGGUGAUUCUUCUGAAAAGAAGGAAUCCAAAAGCCAAAGCUCAUCUACCACCACAUCAGUCAAAGAGGUUGAGAGCCAAACAUCCUCGGAAGUCAUGUCUUUCAUUACGAAUCUUGAGAAGAAGUAUACAGGCAAUGUAGAACUCAAAGUCUUUUUCGACAAACUAAAGACUUCCAUGUCUGCUUCCUCAAAGAUUUCUACCUCAAAUGCACAAGAAUUCGUCUCUGGGAUGAAAUCUGCUGCUUCCAAACUAGCAGAGGCCAUGAUGUUCGUGAGUUCAAGGUUUAGCAAAUCCCAAGAGACCAAGUCCAGCAUGGAAACUUCCCAACAAGAAGUGUUGAAGACUCUCAAGGAACUACAAGACAUCAACAGCCAAAUCGUAAGUGGAAAGAAAGUGACAUCAACACAAAAGACAGAGCUUAAGCAGACGAUCACCAAGUGGGAACAAGUCACAACCCAAUUCGUUGAGACCGCUGCUUCUUCAAAGUCAUCUUCAUCUUCAUCUUCUUCUCAUGGCAGUGCAAAGAUAGCCCAGACGAACUGAGUUGAAAGCCUUAAGCACCAUCAAUGAACCCUAAAUCAGCAAGAAAGACAGUCUAGUACCGCCAAAUAUUAUAUUUUAGUAGCUUACUAGAGAUUUUGUUUUCGCUUUUUAAAUAAUACUAAGAUUGGUAUAGGCCAGCAAUGGCUAUAAACCAACGUAUGCAAGUAAAAAAAAAAAAAACUCUGUAAAAAAAAUUGAUAGAUUGUAAGCGCUCUGUAUUGUUGUUAACAUACAGAAGUGAUCAGUAAGACCCAUCAAAGGGAUUUUGAAUAA